AUGGCGAUCCUUGGCUUAAAAGUUUCCAUCCACCCUCGGGGGGAUGCACAGACUGAUCACUCACAUGCGUCUACUGUCCUACCAGAGUCAGUUGUUGUCAACCUCUUUCCCCCUAAGCCCUACUGGGGUAUGCGACUGGACUUGAUAUACGUCUGGCUUGUUGCUCUUGUUGCUGUAUUAACGAUUGUCGCGAUUGAGCGGUAUGCGACUGCGCUCCCUUUUAGCAUAUCGACUGCAGGCAAAACUGUGUGUUCUUACGCACAUUCUUGUUUUAACAAGCCUCCCCUCAUUCCGUUGGGUGGGUCUUGCUCAGGGAGCAUCGAACUUAAUGCUGGCGAGAAACCUAUUCCCCAGCCCAGACCCGGGCCCCCUAUCGCCGCUGAACUAGUUGAUUCAAGUGGAGGACAGUCCGUUAUGUCAAACAUUUAUGCCAAUCGCGCUAUGGAACCGGACAGCCUUCCUACUGCCGACUUUCAUACUGAAAUCCCGCAGGACUGUACAGAGGAUUUUGCUUUUAGAAUCUUUCAACAAGGAGCAAGGACUCCGUGUUCCGGGUUAUUGCUUGUUAUAACACUGGUUUUUCUCGGGUAUCUCGGGGGAAUUCUUGUUGUACGGUUAUCCCGAAAGUUGCUCCGUAACAUUAUCGAGGCUUCGUUGGACAACAGCACCUGUGAAGAAAUACAGAAUAUUGUUCCUGGAACUCUUUUGGAUGGGGUACCGUCUGAUCAAUUUCUGCGCAACGCUUCGCAUCCUUUAGAAUGUGUCUUUCUCACCCCAUCUGGCCCAUGCACCAUUGACCCUCGUUCCAUACGACAGAUCACUGUGCAAGAGGAGGAACAAACAUUCGGUCUUCCAUCAGAAGCCCUCGGAUCGCGUGGUAGUCCUGAAAUUACUUCUCUACCUUCUUGCUUUACUAGUAUUCCUCGACCUGGACGCCCUAAAAGCUCCCUCAAAGUCACCUUUUCUGAGGAUCAUGAAGUCCUUAUUUUACCUCCGAAUACUGUAACUCGGGAUCGAAACCUUCGCCGACGCCUUAGUCGACGUGUUAUGGCUGCUGCUGGCAGUGUCACUGAUGUUACGCCAAUCGCCAAACGACAAUAA